UGACUUUACUAUCGGUAGCUUAUUGCAAACUUUCUUUAGUACAAUUUAAUGUAAAUUUCAUAAAUGUUUAUUUCGAUGUUAAAUAAAAGGGUUUGAAGAAUAAUCAGUAUAUAUAAAUAAUAAAAUUUGCAUCUAACACACUUGUUUUGAAAAAUGGGCUGCUUGAGUAGCAAAGACCGUUUGACUAAAGAAGAUAUGGAAUUUUUGAAGUCGCACACUCGAUAUGACGAAUCCACAAUAAAAGAGUGGUACAAAGGAUUUAAGCAAGAUUGUCCAAACGGAAGGCUGACUCCUGCUAAAUUUGUUGAUAUGUACAAAAUGUUUUUUCCUUCUGGAAACGCUGAAGAAUUUUGUGAUCACGUUUUCCGCACAUUCGACAUGGAUAAAAACGGAUACAUUGAUUUUAAGGAAUUUCUCCUCGCCAUUGACGUAACAUCUAGUGGAACUCCUGAAGAAAAAUUGAAAUGGGCAUUUCGAAUGUAUGACGUUGACGGAAAUGGUGUAAUUGAUAUACAGGAAAUGACGAAGAUAGUUCAGGCUAUUUAUGACAUGCUUGGUGCGUGCUCUUCAAACAGGCCAGCAGAUUCAGCUGAAGAGAGAGCGAAAAAUAUUUUUUCAAAAAUGGAUGAAAAUAAUGAUGGUCAAUUAACACAGGAAGAAUUCCUUAAAGGUUGUCUCCAGGAUGAAGAGUUGUCUAAAAUGUUGGCACCAUAAAAAAAUGUUUAGGGUAUCUGGAAACAUAUGACUUUUAUCAUUUUAUUAUUAUAAGUACUUUGUGCACAAUAAACAUAAAAAUAAAAACUAAAACUAACAAAUUA